AUGUUCGUCCUUCUAUUAGGGGCUGCUGUGGUUUUAUUAUGUAUUUAUGAAUUCCUCAAACGACACUCUCGUGAUUGGAAGUUGUUGAAGCAGUAUCCAGGAGACUAUCCUCUGCCGAUUGUUGGAAACGGAUUGCAAUUGGGAUUUGAUGCUGAUGAUUCUUCGCACAAAUUGAUGGAGCUAUGGAAGAAACAUGGGAGAAAUAAUUUUCGCAUGACAGUUGGAUCUGAAGAAUGGGUCCUCUUGUCUAACCCAGAUGAUGUAGCUACCAUCCUUAAUCACCCAACAGAACUGGGAAAGCAGAUAGAAAGAAAUUCAGCAAUGAGGCCAUUUUUCGGAAACUCAGUCUCAACGUCAGAAGGUGAACAAUGGAAGACGAUACGAAAGUUGAUGGCACCAAGUUUUCAAUUCAAAACCCUAGAGAAGAGAGUUGAGCACGUAAAUAAAUACUGCGAUCGUUUGUUUGAGCUUUUCGACGAUCAAGAUAAUAAUGUUGUUGAUAUGUAUCGCUAUCUGAGGCCAUUCAUGUUCGAUAUACUGUGCAAUUCACUAAUGGGCGUAGACAGUGAUCUACUACAUGAUUUAGACCAUCCUUAUCUACAAGCUAGUGACAAAGUCGUUAACAUUAUAACAGAAAAUUACUUUUCCUAUUGGAGAAAUAUAAAAUAUAUUUUCCAAUUAACUCCAUUCUACAAGGAAAUGAUGGACGCUAUUCAGACCAUGAGAACCACUAGUACCAAUAUUAUUAGCGAAAGGAAAGGGAAACUAGAGAAAAUAAUAGAAGACACAAAAAACAACAAUAAACAUGUCGACAUGGAUUUGGAGGAAUUAUUAGAGAACAAAGUUUCAACAGAUAUGUGCUUGUUAGAUAAGUUCCUUUUGAGCAAACUUCAUAAUGGGGACCCUCUCCCCGAACAUAUGAUAAACGAUGAAGUAACACUAGUUUGCUGGACUGGUCACUACACAACCACAAUGACGAUGGCACACACGCUAUAUUGCUUGGCAAAGCAUCCCGAAGUGCAAGCAAGAGCUUUAGAGGAACAAAAAUCUAUAUUCAACAAAGACAUACAUAAAAGACCAACAAAUCAAGAUUUGACCGAAAUGAAAUAUCUAGAAGCGGUUAUUAAAGAGAGUAUCCGUGUUAUUCCUACUGUGACAAAGAUUGGACGGCAGUUGAAGAAAGAUCUAAAAUUUAAAGACGGCCGAGUAGCACCAGCUAAUACCACGAUAAUAGUAUUCUACGAAGCUAUAUAUCAAGACCCUAAGACGUUCCAUGAACCGGAGAAAUACAACCCUGAGAGAUUCUUUUCUCCGAUGCACAAUCAUGCAUUUGUGCCGUUCAGUGCUGGACCCAGGAACUGUUUAGGUUUCCGGUUCGCGUGGGCAGCGAUGAAAGCGACCAUAUCAAAUAUUAUUCGGCGGUACGAGCUGACUCUUGGCGGUCCAGGAACGGAACCACAAUUUGCUUACAGAAUCGUCACGGAAUCUAAAAAUGGGUUACACUUGAAAUUAAGAAAACGCGUCUAUUGA